AUGCCUCAAAGACAUUCGACCGUUCCAAACCUGGACCUGAGUGCGGUUACGUUGGAGCCAAAUUUAAAGACAUCGUCGCCUCUAACGCCCGGCGCGCAUAGCUCUGACGGGCCCAGUCCUCUGACGCCUCGCUCUCCCAGAUCUAUGCCCAGUUCUCCUUUUCUCAAGGGAUCCACCAUCCGACCCGUCACGGAAGAGUCGAACAGUAAAUCAAGCAGUCCUCUCUUGUCAGCCGCCGCCUCCACCACCCAUGGCCCAGAGCCGCCGACACCGGGUUUCACAGCGAUCCCCCAAUAUCCUCCGUCGCCGAAAGACUCUCCAAAGCAUAGUCGUGAUCCCUCUCGGUCCUUCUUCUCCAACUUGAAGCCGUCGAAAGUCUCCCACAAAACCCAUCGAUCAGAUGAAUCUGAUCACUCGACCGAAAAACCGAAGAGUCGUGGAAGCUCUAGGGACCGGAAGACACAAAUAUUUACCAAGCCGUGCGAGUCAACAUCGGACCUUCCCGCGAUGAUUGAGUGUGCAGAGCAGCAACAGGCAAAGACCUUGUUUUGCGUAGAUACCGAAAUCGCAGAAGAAAAAGACCUCCACCACCCAGACGGCCGGAAGACAGGGGGAGAUUCGGAAGUCUUACAUCCAAUGAAGAAGAAACAGCCUCGGUUCGCCGGUCUGCUCGCGCGAUCACGAUCCAUUCGAUUGGAUGACUCCUCUAUCCACAGAUUGGCCAACCGCCGUCCAUCGACAACCUUGACCAAACUCGAGGAGCAUGGCAAGCAGGAACCGACCCAGGAGGCCACGAAAACAGCCAUCACGCGGCCGGAUCGAACAGGCAGGGUUGCUGCCACGAGCUCGAGUGCCCGCCCCCCAGCAAUGGGAUAUUCAGAGAACGGCUACGCUCAUACUAGGAAGGAAAGAAAUUAUGGAGGGUCUAUGGUCACAUCGGCUUCUCUUAGCCAGGUUUCUGGCGCUUCGGCCGCAUUGUUCAACAAUAUCAAGCAAUCGUCCAGUGGAGCUGCGGACCGCCUGGGAAAGGCUGGAAAGGGAUUCUUUGGAAAGAUCACUCGAAGUGGGAGCACUAAUGAGCGCGAGUUACUGACGGAUGACAACUAUAUCUGCUCUGUCAUCAAUCUUCCCCUCAUCAAGCAAACGCGAAAGACUAGGAUUGCAAAGCGCCUGGAGGAUUGUCGAGACAAGACAGAAUUUUGGAUGCCAGCGUUGCCUUAUCGGUGCAUAGAUUACCUAAAUUUCAAAGGCUGUGAGGAAGAAGGCCUUUACCGUGUUCCGGGAAGUGGCAGAGAAGUCAAGCAUUGGCAACGGCGAUUUGACACCGAGUUUGACAUCAACCUUUUUGAUGAGCCUGAUCUCUACGACAUCAAUACCAUCGGCUCCAUGUUCAAGGCCUGGCUGCGUGAAUUGCCAGAUGAACUUUUCCCUAAAAAAACCCAGGCGAUGAUCGCCGAGAAGUGUGAGGGAGCCACCACAGCUCCGCAGUUGCUGAAAGACGAGCUAUCGAAGCUACCUCCGUACAACUACUACCUCCUGUUCGCUAUCACCUGCCAUCUGAACCUUCUCCAUUCCUACGUGGAUCAGAACAAGAUGGACUACCGCAAUCUGUGCAUCUGCUUCCAACCUUGCAUGAAGAUCGACGCUUUCUGCUUCCAGUUCCUUGUCUGCGACUGGAAAAACUGUUGGCAGGGCUGCUGGACAGAGAAGGAAUAUCUUGAGAAAGAAAAAGAGUUGGAUGCGAAGGCUGCGCAGGCGAGGGAUAACUCGGAUGUUGAUUCGUCUGUGUCUUCUGCCGUGGCGGACGAGAGGGCAAUCUCCUCCUCCGGCAGCAGUCAGGCUGCUCCCGAUGAGGAACCCCCCCGUCCUAGCACCGGCAAGAAUCACAAGAAGCGGCCUAUGAAGCUGGAAAAUGCGCACACGAGAAGCCUCUCCCAGCUGCCCGAACUUGGGCCACCACUCUCUCCGAUCCGAAUCUAG